CACAAUGCUCUUAAUUAAGUCUCUGACAACUAUUCGACACCAAGAUGGUUAAAAUUACAGAAGAUUUGGUGAGAAAAAAAGCAGAACACAAUGAGAAAAUAAUUGGCACGCUUGAAGAGUUAUCGCUCCAUCAAGAAGACGUUGAAAAAAUAGAAAACCUUAACAAUUGGUGCAAAGACUUACAAAUUUUAUAUUUACAAGCAAAUCUUAUAUCAAAAAUAGAAAAUGUAAAUAAGUUAAAGAAACUACAGUAUUUAAACCUAGCCAUUAAUAACAUUGAAAAAAUAGAAAAUUUAGAAAGGUGCGAAUCGUUAGAAAAAUUGGAUUUGACUUUAAAUUUUAUAGGGGAUUUGGAAAGUGUUUGUAAUCUUAGGCACAACAUUCACUUAAGGGAUCUAUACUUAACUGGAAACCCUUGCUGUGACUACGAGGGUUACAGAAAUUAUGUAGUAGCUUCAUUGCCACAACUGAAAAAUCUGGACUCCAGAGAAAUUAGCAAAAGCGAGAGAAUUAAAUCUCAACAGCUUCUAGAACAAACAGAGAAAAAAAUUCAGCAAGCCCAAGUGAAGUAUUUUAAAUGGAGGCAAGAACAGCGAGAAAGGAUGAACCAGAUAGAUUAUACAGGUAUUUCAAACGAUGAAUUUUGGAAGAUGACUAGUGAGCAUUGUCCCGAAACCAGAAUAGAAAUGGCAAAAAGACAAAGUAAAAAAGAUAGAGAUGUCUGUAAUGUUUAUGAAGAAACUUCUAAAAUACGUCUAAAACUUUUUAAUAAAGAAGGCAGACCACUUAAUGUUAACCAAGCUAAGCUGGAUUUUAUUUUUAACGAUGACGAUCCAAGGCAGUUCACUUUAGAUGUUUCAGUGUAUAAAUUUUUGGACAGUAAUCUUAUUGAUGUAGAUCUGCAGCCGAUAUAUGUUAAAAUAACAGUUAAAGAAAAAAUAUUUCAAAUCGUAUUUCCUGAAGAAAUACUGGUUGAGAAAAGUACUGCCCAAAGAUCUCAAACUACUGGACAUCUGGUUCUGAAGUUACCCAAAGCAAAUUACAAGGAACCAUUGCACACAGAAAAAAAAGUUUUACAGAAACUUCAACCGGAUAAGAUAGAAACUAAAAAUGAGUAUUUAGAAGUGAAAGAUGAAGUAGGAGAUUUAGAUUUUAGUAAAAUUGUUGAAAAUAAUAACAAAAUAAAGGCUGUCAAUGUAGAUCCUGAUAUACCGCCUCUGGAAUUUGUGUACCACUGAUAGUUUACAAUGAAAACUUAAUAAAGUUUAAUUGUUGGCAAAUGGUUUUAUCUCUGGCAUAAUUUAAAUCAGUUCUAUU